UCUUUUUUCUUUUCACCCAAAACCAAUCAAUAUCUAAGCAAUCAAAUCCAUCAUCUUCUUUGUUAUUUUUACCAGAAGAUUUGUGGAUUGAUCUCCACGAGAAAAGGGCUGCAAAUUAUGGUGAAGGAAUCGGCACGAAAGUGUUCGCAUUGUGGUCACAAUGGCCACAACUCGAGGACGUGCAACCACAGCCAUGUAAAUAAAGGGGUUUGCUUGAAGCUUUUCGGCGUGAACAUUUUGGAAAACCAGGAGGAUUCUAUAAAGAAGAGUUACAGCAUGGGGAAUCUGCAUACAGACGGCAACGGAGACCACAACAACAACGCUGUUGGGGCUGAUCACGAUCCUGGCUACCUCUCCGAUGGCCUCAUUCAUAACAAGAGACACAAGGCCGCCCAUGAGAGAAAAAAAGGGAGGCCAUGGACUGAGGAAGAGCAUAGAGUAUUUCUAGCUGGUUUGAAGAAGCUUGGGAAAGGUGAUUGGAGAGGAAUAGCAAGAAACUUUGUGACCACAAGAACCCCAACCCAGGUUGCUAGUCAUGCACAGAAGUAUUUCCUCAGGCAAGCUACAAAUGAUAAGAGGAAACGCAGAUCAAGCCUCUUUGACAUGCACUUUAAAGAACUCUAUGAUCAGGGUCCUCAAGAUUCCUCAGUUACACCUACAAAGUCAGCUGCUGAAACUUCACCACAGGCUAGCAGCUCUAAAACUAGGCAACUGAAAAUCAAUACAGGCAAUAACUCGCCACCGGCUAGCAACGUUCCAACUCAGAUUCUUGACAGAUUCCCACAUCUGUGCUUGGAUAGCCCCCCAGCUCCUCCAUUGUCUCCAAUUUGCACUCUUCCAAAUUACCCUGCCAUGCCAUUUAUGAUGGGAAUUCCAGGAAAUGUCUCAUACGCCCCAAUGAUGCACUUUUACAGACCAAGUUACCACCACAUGAUCAAAAACCAUGGUAACUUUCCAACUAGUGCACCUGUCAUUUCUCACCCUUCUGGAAUCCCAUCAUCACCAAGGUCCCUCCCAAGCAGUCCAUCCAUGGCAGCCGGCCGGAUCAGCAGCAUGACGUCAGCAGCUGAGAAAGAUGCUUUAGAGCUUAAAAUUGGGCAGCCUCAGCCCUCUCAGGGGGCAAACUUGUCUCCUUCUUCUUCUUCUGGUGCCAUCAAAGUCACAUAGAAAAUUACUUUUUACAUCUUAUAAUUUUUUUAUUUUUUAACAAUUUUGAUUCACAGCAAGCUUAAGAUAGAAGAAUUACGAGAAUAAUGAAUUAAGUUGAUUCAGUCGAAUCACUCAUGGAGGGAGGUGUACAAUUGUAAAAUGCGGAAAGGGUUUUUUUGAGUCCCACUUUUUUAUACUAUGUUUAUGAUGAAAUGAAAUGCCUUCAUUAGAAUUUGGAUCUCUUCAGGCCUUACUGUCCGA